CUGCUGGACUGCAGCAGCGCUGCCCCGUCACUCAUCCCUGGCGAGUCCGCGCAAUCUGGAUUGGCUCUUUUGCGCUGCUCUGAACAUUUUGUGGCGGCUUCAAGUUGGUCCUGUUGACAAUCUCUGAGCGAAGUGCAACCUGCCACAUUCAUCGCUUCCAUGCAGAUCUUCAUGCAGCUCGUCUUGCGCACGGAGGGCGUCGUUGGCCAGACUUAGGGGUAAGGACGGAUCGGCAUUUGCUCGAUGGCGGACGGGGCGACCAUGAGGGCAGCCUGCGGGCACGCUCUUCCUCACCACGCGCCUCUUGGUCAGCGGCAGGGAUCCAGGCAGGAAGCAUCCGUUUCUUCUAGGCUUGUGAAUGUGGGCCCAGGACGAGUCCACAGGCAUGCUUCAAAUGCACGCGCCGGCCCACAGAUCUUGCCUCGGAUACGACAAAAUUGUCUUGCUUCUGCACCGGUUGGUUGUAGAAAGAAAAGCUUAGAGCAUGCAGUUCACGGGAGGCAUCGGCUAGAGGGAUCGGUAUCGAGGUUGAGCGGAGGGUCUGACUUGAAGUCAGAAUCGACGAUGCACAGAAGAGGGAAAGGGACGAUUGUUGCCGCAGGACCGCCGACUGAGGAGGUUGUCACGGAUACGAAGAUGCUGACAAAGGCUGACCUUGUUGAGUACAUGAAGAAAGGAUGCAAACCGAAGGAGAAUUGGCGCAUAGGGACUGAACACGAAAAGUUUGGGUUCAAGUUUGAGGACAAGCGGCGGCUAAACUACGAGGAGAUCCAUCAGCUGCUUGAGGCGCUGGCUGACCGGUUUGGAUGGGAGCGGGUGUUUGAGAACAACAAGUUGAUUGCACUUAAGCAGAGCGGCCAAAGCAUCACGCUAGAGCCAGGGGGUCAGUUUGAGCUGAGCGGGGCCCCCUUGAGCACUCUGCACCAGACAUGUGGAGAGGUCAACAGCCACCUGUAUCAAGUGAAGACAGUCUGUGAGGAGAUGGGUGCCGGCUUUCUGGGGCUCGGUUUCGACCCCAAGUGGAGCAUCGAGGACAUUCCGAUCAUGCCAAAGGGCCGCUACAAGCUGAUGAAGGAAUACAUGCCGCGCGUGGGGUCUCACGGGCGCGACAUGAUGUUCCGCACAUGCACCGUGCAAGUCAACCUGGACUUUGACACCGAGCGCGACAUGAUCAACAAGAUGCGGGUCGGGCUGGCUUUGCAACCGAUCGCGACGGCUCUGUUCGCCAACUCCCCAUUCACUGAGGGCAAGCCCAACGGCUACCUGAGCUUCCGAAGUCAAAUCUGGAAAGACGUGGAUCCCCACCGGACGGGCAUGCUGCCGUUUGUCUUUGACGAUGAUUUUGGGUUCGAAAAGUACGUAGACUACGCUCUAAAUGUGGCAAUGUACUUCGUGUACCGGAAGAAGGGGUACGUGGACGCUCUUGGGCUGGACUUCAAGGAUUUCAUGGCGGGCAAAUUGUCGGCCCUGCCCGGAGAGUAUCCGACAAUCAACGAUUGGGAAAACCACCUAACCACCAUCUUCCCCGAGGUGCGACUGAAACGGUACAUUGAAAUGCGGGGGGCGGAUAAUGGGUGUGUAGACCUGAUUCUGGGGCAGUCGGCCAUGUGGGUCGGGCUUUUGUACGACGAGGAGUCGCUACAAGGCUGCCUGGACCUGAUCUCCGACUGGACGACUGGCGAGAUGCAAAUGCUGCGCGACAAGGUCCCGGUCACCGGCCUGCGCACGCCCUUCCGCGACGGCAUGGUCCGCCACGUGGCACAGGAUGUUCUCAAGCUUGCGAGGGAGGGCCUGGAGCGACGCGGCUUCAACGAGGCUGAGUUCCUGAAGGGUCUGGAGGACAUCGCACGAAAAGGAGUGACGUCCGCUGAUGUCCUGCUUGACAAAUAUCACAACGAGUGGGACGAGGACGUAGACCGAGUCUACGACGAGUUUCUCUACUGAGGGCGCUGCCUGAGCAAAGGCACUCUUUCUGGCAGUACUUUGAACGGCGGGCAAUCCCUUGCAAUAUAAGCUGUAUCGUUUUAGUCUCAAGCACAGGCGAGUAUCUCGAUUCUUUGCUAGAUGCAGGAGGCUCCGCUUCUGCGUGAUCAUAUGCACAGCUCCGGUUCGGGUGUGAGUUACUUAUGUCCGGACUGUGCUCAAGUAGUGUUUGCUGAUCUGGUGCUCGCUUUUGCCGCUUGUACCUUAACGAGUCAGCCUAGGAAUGAGAUCGAAAGAUGCAUGGACGGUGCAGGUAAUUAAAUAGAACGAACACGCUCUCAGGAAUGUGCUCAUAUGCCCUCCUUUAUGAUGACGACGAAGCUUGCAAGCAGAUUGGACAACAAAAAGUUUGUCAAAACCACCCGUUCAGCCUCCCAGUUGGUUCGCUCU